AUGGCAGCGAGACGCAUCCUGUCUCGCUCACUCGCAACUUCUCUUCGAACACCAACUGUCCAAGCAGCUCGCGCGCCAAUCGCCCUGAGGAUGUCCACCCCACUAUCAAAAUCCGCAACCCAAACAGCGGUUCGGCGUCUGACCGCCACCGCGCAGCAUUUCCAGCCUGCAGCAGCUGCCACCGUUCCAGUGGAUUACCCCAUGACCCACGACAAGAUCGAAAACCCACCGAACACCAAAUGGUUUGUCAACAAUGAAUUCGUCGAGUCUAAAACCUCGCAAUGGAUUGACUUGCACGAUCCUGCUACCAACAAUUUGGUCACACGGGUUCCACAAUCUACUGAUGCGGAAUUAAAGGCUGCUGUUGAUGCUGCUGCCGCUGCCUUCCCAGCAUGGAGGGCUACGAGUUUACUCGCCCGUCAGCAGAUCAUGUUCAAAUUCGUCGCUUUGAUCCGACAACAUUGGGAUCGCCUUGCUGCUAGCAUUACGCUAGAACAGGGGAAAACAUUCGGUGAUGCAAAGGGUGAUGUUCUCCGUGGUCUUCAGGUCGCGGAGACUGCUUGUGGUAUUACUACCCAGCUCACCGGUGAGGUUUUGGAAGUCAGCAAGGAUAUGGAAACACGCAGUUAUCGUGAGCCGCUUGGUGUUGUGGCUGCGAUUUGUCCGUUUAACUUCCCGGCCAUGAUUCCGUUGUGGUGUUUACCUGUCGCUACUGUUACAGGUAAUACUAUUAUUUUGAAGCCAUCUGAGAGAGAUCCAGGUGCUUGUAUGAUCCUGGCUGAGUUGGCGAAGGAGGCUGGCUUCCCGGCUGGUGUUGUGAAUAUUGUUCACGGAUCGGCUAAGACAGUGGACUUCAUUAUCGAUGAGCCAAGGAUCAAGGCUAUCAGCUUCGUGGGAAGUGAUAAGGCUGGUCAAUAUAUUUAUACCAGAGGUUCUGAGAAAGGGAAGAGAGUUCAGGCGAAUUUGGGAGCGAAGAAUCACGCUGCUAUUAUGCCUGAUGCGAAUAAGAACCAUUCGAUUAAUGCCAUCGUUGGAGCUGCCUUUGGAGCUGCUGGACAGAGGUGUAUGGCUUUGUCGACUUUGGUUAUGGUCGGAGAGACCAAGGAGUGGCUCCCUGAGAUCGCCAAGCGAGCUGCUCAGUUGAAUGUCAACGGUGGAUUCGAGGAAGGUGCUGAUUUGGGACCUGUUAUUUCUCCACAGGCCAGAGAGAAGAUUGAGAAGUUGAUUCAAAGUGGAGUUGAUGAGGGCGCUACUUUGUUAUUGGACGGUAGAGGAUACAAACCUGCUAAGUAUCCUAAUGGAAACUUUGUGGGACCGACCAUUUUGUCGAAUGUUACGACCGAGAUGGAGUGUUAUAAGGAGGAGAUCUUUGGACCCGUGCUUGUUUGCUUGAAUGUGGAUACUUUGGAGGAUGCGAUUGAGUUGAUCAACAGGAAUAAGUAUGGUAAUGGAGUUGCAGUCUUCACACAAAGUGGAGCUACAGCGGGUAGAUUCCAGAAGGAUAUUGAAGCCGGACAGGUUGGAAUUAAUGUGCCGAUUCCGGUACCAUUGGCGACUAGCUUUUCGUUCACUGGCAACAAGGCUUCGAUUGCUGGUAAUGCGAACUACUUUUAUGGAAGACAUGGAUUGCAGUUUUACACUCAGUUGAAGACUGUGACUUCGCACUGGAGGGCGGAGGAUGCUGUUGCGACAAGGGCGAAGACUGAGAUGCCGACUCACGACUAA